AUGCGCGGCUUUUUGAUACUUGGUGUGUCUCUGGCAGUAUUCCUAGGAGAUGUCUUAGGUGCUGUGAGAGUCACUCCCUUCGCAUUUUCGACCACACGGCGGUAUUUCCCUACAACUCCUCGACCGUUUAGAUACAAUAAUCGAGUGAGCAACGGUGACGAAUCUGGUCGUUAUGUUGAUAACGCUGGCCGUUACAACCCCAACGCUGAUGAUUCUGGCCGUUAUGUACCCGACAAUUCUGGCAUUUACAACGGCGACCGUGGUGACCGCGGUGGUGCGGGAGGAUUCUACUCAGGAUCCGGCAGUGCAGGCGGGUCCGGUGGUGCCUACUCAGGUUCUGGUAGUGCUGGCGGUGCAGGAGGAUUCUACUCAGGUUCCGGCAGCGUGGGCGGGUCCGGUGGUGCCUACUCAGGUUCCGGUAGUGCUGGGGGAGCAGGAGGCUUUUACUCCGGAGAUAGGGACGAAUCCGGCAGAUACAGGCCCGACAAUAGUGGCAACUUCAAUGGUGACCGCGGUGACCGCGGAGGCGCCGGUGGAUUCUACAGUGGUUCAGGAACCGCUGGCGGUCCCGGUGGUGCUUAUGUAGGCAAUAAGGAUGAUGCUGGCAAAUACAAUCCUGACAAUGCUGGCAAUUUUAACGGUGACCGUGGCUCUGCUGGUGGAUUCUACUCUGGUAAACCUUCGACUGGAUCUGGCAGCGGCUCUGGUAUUGCUUCUGGAAACAAAGCAGGCAAAGGAGUCGGUAAACCUGUUCCAUACAGUGGCGGUAGUGCUGGAUCUGCAUCUGCUUCAGGAUUUGGAUCUGGGUCAGCUUCAGGAUCAGGAUCAGGCUAUGAAUAUAAGUAUGGCAUCAUCCGCCAGGAAACUGAUGUUCAGCCCGACGGUUACCAUUACCUCUACGAGACUGAAAACAAGAUUCUAGCUGAAGAAGCUGGUAGAUUAGAAAUAGUUGACAAAGAUGAAGAACUCUUAAGGGCUAAGGGGUUCUAUGAAUACGUUGGACCUGAUGGUGUCACCUAUAGAGUUGAUUACACCGCCGAUGAGAACGGCUUUCUUCCUUCUGGCGUGCACAUACCCCAGUAA